AUGCUGUUCGCUCAUGCUGCUGUCAUCACCACCAUCACACUGAUGCACAUCGACGACUCUCUCAAUGACUGGCUAACAUCCCCCCCUUCAGUCGGAGGCACCACCACCAGCAUGUCUACACUCUCGCGCACAGCUAACUUAUGCUUCAAGCUCGUCUUUACUGCCAUCUCCCUCUUGCCAAGUAGUCCAAUCUUGUCCAAUCUUGUCUUAAUAUCUACCGUUCUCCCAUCUCCCUCUUGCCAAAUCCUUCUGGAUAACCUGCUCAAGCUCGUCUAUCUCAUCUUAAUAUUCACCAUCAUCUCUGCUCUUGCCAAGUCUUUCUGGAUAACCCGCUCAAGCUCAUCUAUCUCAUCUUAA